AUGUCAAAAGCUUCGCGAGUCGAGGUCGAAUUGAAAGCUUUGCCAACAUGCUACCUCACGAACGACCCUCCUUUCUACUUUCUUGUGCACAUCGCACGCCACGGUGUGCAGGAUCACACAGUAUUUCUCCAAGAUGGUUAUGCGGAUGAUAACAGUUAUCAGCCCAUCAAUUCGAAUCGGAUUUUUCAAUGCUUGGACAACGAGACGGGGGAAGAGGUCCAAAUUCUCCAGCAGGGAGCCCAACCCAGAUUACUCGACAGGAGCUACGUUCAAUUCACCACGGCCGAAAACCGCCGAUAUUAUGAACUACCCAUCAUGACGUCUUCACUGCGACCGAAUCGGAAAUAUAGAUUACGCUUCAAGUCCAUGAAGCCUAUCUCACACUGGCCUGCUAGCGAAGAGGGCAAGCCAAAUCCACGAGAAGACGCAGCGUACAGCGCACAACCAGACAGAUCCGUGCCACCCAAGUCUACCAUACCCUGGGUCGUUCCCGGCGGCAAUGACACGGUCAUAUUCAGCACGCUAAGCUCGCAGCCCACACCACCAAAGGUCGCUGUAACUCUAUCAGCACCAUCGACAUAUUCUCUUUCAGGGACAUUUGUGUUCGAGCUCUUGUUCACGACGGAUGCUCAUCGUCCCAUAACUGUGCUUGCAGAUCGCGCAGCCGUCAUGAAACAGGUCUCCGACAUCGAGAUCCUGGACGGCAAGACUCGUGCUCGACUCGGGCCCGAUGAGAUCAAUAUCUGCAAAGACGCCCAAGAUCCGGUAAGGGAGCAGUUUAUACGAAUGAGCGGCAGCUAUACGGAGCAACGCGUUUUGGACUUUGAGCAUUCGUUAUGGGAAGACAUGAAUCUGGAGGUUGGUGGGGAGUACAUAAUCCGCCAUUUGGGAGACAAACGGUGGUGGAGUGAAGAUACGAUUGAUGACAUCCUAACGUAUCUUGAUACCAAGAGUAACUUAGGGCUGGUGGCAACAAAGCAAAUCGAGUUUGAAGGGGGAGGCGAAGAGAAAGUCAAUCGCAACAACCUGACCAUACUACUGGAAGAUUAG